AUGAAAGCGUAUGCUUUGACAUUUAUCCUGAUUUUUAUUGGUACGGCAACAUCCAUUUCUUUACCUGAUUUCGGUAUUUGUAUUGGUCGAUGGGAAUUCUUCGAUUCUAUUAAAACAAAGAUUACCAUUGAUUGGCAAAUACUUUCUUUGACAAAUACCUUGAUUGCUCAAUUUCGGCCUAGUAUUGUAGAACGAGGAUUCUGGUAUGCAUUUGGUCUUCGCUUUUCUCCAGAAAAACCUAUUGUCGAAAUUGUCUACUCUCUUCGAUGGCCUAUGAACGAUUCAGAACUGUUUUGGGAUAUUUUUAAUGUAACUGAAACGAAUGUGACUAUCAUGGAUCGCAUUCCGUCAAUCAUUGAUCGAUUUCAAAACUGGAUAACAUCGGGUCUGCUUAUAGUUCGACCACCAUUAAACAUCGAUGAUGUAAUUUCAUUUCUGAGCGGUAAUCAAUGUAUGUAUUUAGUCUACAUGCGAGGACAUUUCGAUGGUGAUCAACCUUUACCACCUGAUGAAGUCAUAUUUAAUCAAUCUUUAUGUAUCACUUGCCAAGCGAUCCAGAUACCUUCGACAAGUACGCCUAUAAUUAAUGUCAAUUCCACUACCAUUGGUGAGGGAACAAGUAUAUUGACCACAUCGAGUUCGUCACCAGAUUUUUCAGCAACCACUAUCAAUGGCUCUUCAUCAAGUGUUUCAACCACAACCAGUGGUUCUUCGUCAAGUGUUUCAGCAACCACUAUCAAUGGUUCUUCAGCAAGUGUUUCAACUACUACCAGUGGCUCUUCAUCAAGUAUUUCAACCACCACACGUGGUUCUUUGCCAGGUGAGUAA